CACAGCUCGUGACGUCCUCAACAUGGAGGAUGUGGAAAAGCAGAUCUUGUUACUGAAGAAAUACCUUGAGAAAGGGCCUGCGGAAGAGAAGAUUUUCAAAGUGUUCAGGAAGUUGGAAAAGUUGCCUGUUACUCUUGACGUGCUACAGUCCACGGGGAUCGGGAAAACUGUGAACCACCUGCGAAAACAUGAGGCAGUGGGAGAACAGGCCAGGGCCCUUGUCACCAAGUGGAAGGGUUUUUUAAAAGCAACACCUGAAGAGAAAGUUGACAGAUCUCCUCAGAAAGAUGGUGGUGACAUUUCCAAGGUCAAGGUCAAGAAGAGUGACAAUGAGAGUCAUGACCAUAGGAAACAUAAAAGCAAGAGUGGAAAAGGUCACAGAAAAGAGAAGGCAAGCAACUCUAGCAUUUGUCAUGAAGAGGAAAGAAAACACACCUCUGCCUCUAGACUACCCAGGGAGUGCAACUCAGAGAAACCAGAAAAUGACAUGGAAAAGACCAGCUCAGGCGACUCCAUGCAAUACGCAAAUGGAGAGAAAGACCAAAGGAAAGUGUCCAGUUUUGCAGGUGACACGCCUGCGAUAGCAGAUCAGAGAGAGAAGUCUCCUUGUCAUUAUGAUUUACAUACAGACAGUAAGGAUGUGCAAUAUAAAAAAGACAUAAACUCUAAAGGUACCUUGGGGAAAAUGGAGCCCCAGAAUAAUAUGGUGAAUGAGGAUCUCGAAGAUAAUCCAGGGAUGAGUUUCGAAGACUUCUUGAACUAUGAUGCUGGUGCUGCCAAACGAAAAGUAUCCAAAAAGUCAAAACCACUGGAAAAUGCAGAAGAGAGGAAAAAUGCAUCUUAUCUCACAAAACCCAAAACUGAUUUGACAAAAGAUGCCAAAGAUACUGUUAAGGGUUCUGAUGUUGCCAAGAACAGUUCUCAAUUGCACAGAGAACAUUCUAGUGACUCUGGACACAAGCAUUCGAAAAGUAAAGAAAAACGAGAUCAUAAACAUAAGAGUGGUCAUUCCAGUGGUCACCAUCAUGAUGGUCAUUCUAAGGCCAAGCAUCAUCAUAACGAUGGCAAACACAAAGAUAAGUCAAGGUCGGUAUCAGAGGGGUCAAAGUCCAGCAGUUAUCACAAGGAUAGGUCAGGGUCAAGGUCAGGGAAAGAAGGGUCAAGGUCAGAGAAAGAUGGGUCGAGGUCAGCUAAACAUGGAGAAAAAAGAAAAGCAGAUGUGAAGAUGAUUGAUGUUCCAACUCCAUCCAAACAGAUAAAGCUGUCUCCCGGUGACAUCCUAGCAACACUACCAGAGAUCCAGCCUCACUAUAAACCACUGCCACACAUGGAGCUAGAGGACGAGAACAGGAAGAAGAAAGGGGAAUUUGUGGAUGAAUCUCUAAUUGGCACCAAAAGCCAUUCUCGUACUCAGGUUUACUCAGGCAGAAAGCAGGUCUAUCUCACAGAAAAGGCUGAAGAUCAUUUAGGAGUUUAUCAACUUAAAGAGGAAAGUGGAAAGACAAGUCCAAUUGUUGAACAUGAAGAUGAUCUUGAUUUGAUAUAA